AUGUAUAUCAAAUACGAAAACGUAGAAGACAAAUUCGCCCAACGAUUGGACGAUAUGUUUGGUCUAAAAGGCUGUUUGAUCGAAGUAAACCCCGGGAAAUGUAUACUUCCACCAAAGUACAAGGAUUUGGGCCAGAGAAUUCUAAACAUGGAGGUCAGACCCGACGAUGUAUGGCUUGUAUCGUAUCCAAGAACAGGUAAUAAUACUUUUUUACAGUAAUCACUUGUAUUACUUCCGGCCGCCAUUCCGUGAAAUUCUAAACGAAACGGUAUUUUUAAAUAUAUACACGCGUAGUAAUGUCUGUUCCGUUGACAAAUACUUGGACAUUAUUCACGUACAAUAAAUUCGUUAUUAAUGAAAUCUAUUAUAUUAUAUAGGAAGUACUUGGGCUCAAGAAAUGGUAUGGUGUAUUUGCAACGAUUUAGAUUUUGUAAAAGCCAAGAGUAUGAUCGGACAAUUAAGAACGCCGUUACUAGAGUAAGAAAGUUGCUUAAAAAUUAAUAAAUAAUUAAUAUUAAUAUUAUUUAACGUGACUCAUAGUUUUAAACUACGUAUUUUAAAAUAUCUUUUUUGUCUGUAACCCAUCCACGUUCUAUUAUUUUCGAUUGACAAUUUUAAUUUAUUAUUAUUAAAUAUUAUUACAAUAUUGCUUUAUAAUUAUAAUAUUUAAUACAGAUACGUAUCUCGAAUAUUAAUGUAACAUCCAACGAAUUAUACUUUCGUUGCCCGAGGAGAAAUAUUAAUUUAUAUUUCCUAUAAAAAAAAAUUAAAUUAAAUUUGAAAACAGUUUAAUUUUUAAAAGUAUUCGAAUUCAAUAAUGCCCGAAGAACUGACCAAUUUCAAAUGCCUUUAAUUGUCCUAAGCUAUUUAUUAGCUAAUUUAUCAUUUUAAGUGUUGGGCUUAAAAUUUAUGGCGUAGGAAGUUAUUUUGUUCAAAAAUGAAAACGAUAACUAUAGUAAUUAGAACUCGGAACAGUAUGCGUUUGCAUAUUUUAUAUUUAUUACAUUGAAAAUUAGCUAGGUAAGACAAGUUUGAAUCUUAGCCUAAUAUGUUGGUAUUCACAAUUUGAUUUUGCAUAUUUUUCCAUAUUCGGAACAUUUUUGAUUAUUAUGAAUAUUGGGAAAACAAAUAGUAUUAAGUUAAUAAUACUAAUAUCAAAUAACUAAGGAUAUAUUCAAAUUUCGAUUAUUUUUAAAUUUGUAUUUAUCAAUAACAUCGACUUAUUGGCCUAUCGGCCAAUUUUAAUUUAAUUUUUGUACGACCGUACUUAGCGAUAAUGUGUUUGUGUUUCAUAUGUUUCAUAACAUUGUAAAAUUGUCUGUUUGUAAAUUUAGAAAAAAUAUUUGAGUACAACUUUUUAAUGAACUUUUUUUGGAAUAUAAAUUAUUUUAUCAAUAUUUUACAUUUUUUAAACUAAAUAAAUUUCACUAACAUGAAUAUAUUUCUUGGAAUAUUUGAGUGAAAAUAAGUGCAUAAAUGCAUGCACAUUUCGUAUGUUUUUAAUAAAUAUUAUAAUAAUGCAGGCUCUAACUAUAUAAUUAAUAAAUCAUUUGAGAAACACAAUGUCCCAUGUAGAACGCUGGAUUUUACUUAUCUCGUAGUUUUUCUUUCGGUUUUCCACGAUUCGGUUUCCUUGCGUCGAAUAAUCACUGUGGAAUUUAUAAUUGUGAUGCAUUUAACUAUUGAUCCGUGUUCAUCUACGUUUCUAUACAUUUGUUGUCCGUGUAACUAUCAGCAUGUUGAAUGUCUCGGGAAAUAAUGUGAAACUAACAACAUAUAAGUAAUAAUAAAUAGUUCCUUAAUAUUGCUUCGUUAAGAAUAAUAUAAGUAUCUAUCAAUGUAGUUUUUAUUUUUCAAGGUUAUUAUAAACAUAAUAAUGUAUUUUUAAUAGUCAUAACCUACGCCUGGAAGGCUAUUUUAUGUGCAUUCUAAAAAAAAGUACUUAAUCAUCUUCUAAACCUUAAAAUAAUAUUUUAUAUAUUAGUUAUUUCAAAGUCGAUUAUUAUACUGUAUAUGCCUAAAUUAACUCUCGUUUUACACAGGUUAACGGCUCUUAUGGGAAACGAUACGAGCAAGCUUAAAGAUGAACUAGGCAACUCGGUUGAUCAAGUGGAAAACAUGCCGUCGCCCAGAUUCAUAAAAACGCAUUUGCCCAUUACGCUGUUGCCCGAGCAGCUCAAAGAAGUGAAACCGAAAAUCGUCUACGUAACGCGCAACCCAAAAGACAUGUGCGUGUCAUAUUAUCAUUAUUGCAAACUGAUACAUGGUCUGCAUGGUUCGUUCGACGAGUUUUGUGAUUUGUUCAUCCAGGGCAAGACACCCAUCGGCCCCAUUUGGGAUCACAUACUCAGGUUUUGGGAACAGAGGGACGAACCGAACUUGCUGUUUUUGAAAUACGAGGACAUGAAAAAGGUAUCGUAUGAUAAUUAGUCAUACAUAUUAUAUAAAAGACGAAUUAUAAUUAUUUAAUCGAUACAUAUUGUCUAUAUAUAAUAUUAUAUACCUAUGAUUUCUGUACAAUUCGAUCAGGACCUGAAAGGAGCUAUUAGACAAGUGUCAACAUUCCUGGGCAAAUUCCUGACGGACGAACAGGUAUCCGCGCUCGAAGACCACUUGAGUUUCAACAGUAUGAAAAAGAAUCCGGCUCUUAAUUUGGAACCGAUUCUCGCCAUAAUGGAGAAACCCACCCUGACCGAAACGAAUCCAGACGAAACGUUCAUCAGGAAGGGCAAAGUCGGAGACUGGAAGAAUUACAUGUCGGAAGAACUGUCGGAAAAAUUCGACAAGUUCACGGAGGAAAAUCUGAAAGGAACCGAUCUCGUUUUCGAGACCAAUUAA